UUGGCCUUUCUAGCUUGCGUUACAUCUUUGGACGCAUUUAAUAAACUUGUCAGAUUUGAAAUCUGUCAAUACUUUUAGUAUUGAAAAUUAGAUUUAUUAAAAAUAAACAAAAAAACUUUAAUAAAGUACACAAUGAAUUAUUUAAAUAAAUACUUUUUGUAAUAAUUAAACUCAAAUCAAGCCCUGUUUGUUUAAUAAAAUGUUUAAGACUUGGCUAUAAGUGCAAUAUUAUCUUUGAAUUCACCUCUAAUCAGUUUAUUGUUUAUGUGUUUUAAUUUAUAAAAAUGCGGUGUUGUGUUCAAAAUUGUACGAAUGAUACUCGAAGGACAACUAAAAGCCAUGGAAUUACAUUCCAUAUGUUUCCUAAAGAGACAAACUUAAGAACAGCUUGGAUCGAAGCCCUGGGUCUGUCUGACUGGGAACCAAGGGAGAGAAGCGCGGUGUGCUCAGAACAUUUUCAACAAGACGCCUUUUAUCAGACAAGAUGCGGUUUGAGGAAAGUCAAGAAUGGUGCCGUACCACUUCCUGUCAUUGAGUCAUCUGAAAAUUUGGACGCCCCUGCCACGUUGAGGGUAUGCCGGAUCUGCCUAUCGAUGGAUGUCAAGAUGUUUCACUUGACAGUGAAUAACUUGGACACCAUGUACGAACAAGUGACCGGCCUUUCGAUCAACGUAGACGACAAACUACCUCAGAAGUUAUGUUUCGAAUGCGUCGCAAGAUUGUCUUCUGCGAAUUUAUUUCGCUCGAAAGCGUUGAGGACUCAGGGCAUACUGUUGAACAAGCUCGACACCGAUCGAUACAUAACUAUAAGGGACAUAAAAUCUAUCAGCCGAGCUCACAAUCAACUAAUAUCAUCCCUCGGUCAGAAAGUUUACGAAGUAAAUGAAUGCGACGUGUUAAUAAAUGACAAUGAAGUCAUAAAAAUUGAAAGAGAAGCAAAAGAAGCAGAAGUAGACGAGGAAGAAUUGCAGUUUAAUGAUAACGACGUCGAAUAUAAUGAUUAUAAAAAUGUCGACGUUGAAAUCAAAGACGAAAGCAACAAUGAGAUAUUUUUCGAGGAGUAUCCGGUUUUCGACGAUAGCGAUGACAAUAGGACGUUGAGCGAGGUCUACAAGAAAAAAACGAAGAUCAAGAAGAAGAAAAUGAAGAUCGAGAAGAAGAUCAAAGAAGUGAAAGACAAGAAACGCGAUGAAGACGACAGUCCUUCGACGACAAUGGAUAAGUACAAGAAAUCGGACGUGAAACGUCGAAAAACGACGGACGGCCUCGACGAAUCACUGUUCACGAUAACGACGUUGACUUACGAAGAGCAGAUAGCGGAAGUUGAACGCAGACAGGAGGCUGCCUCGUACCAGAGCGCGCCGUUCAAGUGUACCACGUGCUACAGAGGCUUCCAGAUCCGAGACAGAUACGACGCCCAUGUCGUCAGGCAUAGCGAGCAAAGUGGUGCAUACGAAUGCUUCAUUUGCAAGACGCGAUUGAAAACGGCCCGAGCGUUGAGGAAACACCUGACGGCUCAACAUACUGAGAAAUUCAGCUGCAAGGGAUGUCCGUUUGUCACGAGGAACAGAGGUGUCGCGAGGGAACACGAGAAAUGGCACGCCGGUACCAAGUAUCAGUGUCCACAUUGUCCAAGCGAGUUCGACAAACUCACGACAUACAUGGGACACAUUCGAAUCAAACAUGUCUCAGAUUUCGUGUGUGAACUGUGCGGUUACACGUUCGUCAGUAAAAAGGGCAUUGACGUCCACAAGAAGAAGAAACAUCGGUUGGCUGAUAAAACUGUUAGUCUGGAAGGUCCAUAUUGUGAUGUGUGUGAAGUACGUUUUAUAUCCGAGGAAGCGCAUUCGAGGCACCUGAAGCUGUCCUCAAGGCACAGCAGCGAUAACGACCCUAACCGAAUAAGGAACGAUUCACAAAGUAUGAACACGGAACGAAACGGCCGUAUAAUGAGAAAGAUCGAACGGAGACCCGUGAUACACCCGCGCUCGCCCACCAUGAGCCACGGGGACGGGAACGGCUCACCGGUCACGUGUGAACAGUGCGGCAUUCAGCUGAGAGACUUACGACUGUACGCGCAACACUUCCGACGAGCUCACCCGGACAAGAAUCGUACCAAGUAUCCGGCUAUGAAGACGCCGUGCAUGUGCGAACAGUGCGGACGAAUAUUUCAGAGCAUGGCCCUUCUGAAGGACCACAUGUGGGUCCACACGGGGGAGAAGCGCUUCAAGUGCGACCGCUGCGAGAAGAGCUUCACGCAGAAGACGAACCUCGUGUUCCACAUGCGCGUGCACAGCGCGACCCGGCCGACGUACGAGUGCCCGCUCUGCGGGAAACACUUCGCCUUCUUCAACAACAGGCGCCGCCAUAUGUUCAUCCACACGGGGCUGAAGCCGUUCAAGUGCGACACGUGCGGCAAGUGCUUCACGACGGCGGGCGAGCAGCGCGCGCACGUGGAGCACGUGCACCUCAAGAAGCCGUGGCCGCGCCGCGCGCGCGCGCGCCCCGACCUCGCCUGGCGCGCGCACGCCCUCGAGUGACUCGGGAAAUAAUCUUAAACGAAAACGUCAUAAUAAUGAAAAUAACGCAAGACAAUAUUUAUUUUGAAAACCAAUUCGAUAUUAAAAGUGAUCCUCGGAGUAUUAUUUAUUUAUUUUUCAAUAUAAUCAUGUUUUAUUUUUAUAUUAGAUAAUUGUGAACGAUUGGAAUAGUUCGCUCUUACUUAUUCAUCGUAAGA